AAAACCCUCGACUUUGAAAGCUUCCUAGUCACUGUGACAAUACAGUCUUAAUUUUGACAGCCAAUGGUGAAUAGGGCUGUCUUAGUAACCACCUAUUAUUGCGCUACUGACAAGCAACCGCAAAAAACGCACUGUUCACGAUCUAUAAUACGGGCCAAAUAAGUAAGUUACUAUUUAGAUGGUAAAUUAUUCAAAAUGUAAAUAUACUAGGCUAUUCGUAUUUCGUUAAAUUAUACAGUGAAUAUAUGAAAAUCCCUGAGCACGCGAAGUGAAACUGAGAUGACAGAAUUAGCGUCGCCUGACUCUAAAUGCAGUUUUAAAGUAAAAAAAAAAUAUUUAAUGAAAUCGAUCAACACAAAUAAAAGCGCCCUAAUAUAAUUAGCAACAUUUUCAACCGCUUUAAAUAAUAACCUUUGAAGGUUUUAUCUUUGUGUAUCUGCAAUAUCCGCACCACAGAUGAAUGAGUUGCAGCUGAUGUAAUGCAGGUGGCUUUAUUGUGAAGAGACUGAACACUUUCAGACUCUUCACUUCAUUUUUUACCUACAUAUUUCUAUAUACAUUUUGACCAAGAAACAUAGGAUAUAAUGUAGUUGUUAUGGAUAUAGCCUCAAUGAAAGUUGUUAUGGAUAGCCUUUAAGCUUGUUCUGAAAUUAUAUAAUUUCAACAAACUCUUUUUCAACAAAAUAAUUACUUUGUUUUCAUACUCAUGGAAUCAUAUAUUAGUAUAAUAAUAUUAGUAUAUAAAUGAACGUAUAUCUAUAUUAUUAAAAAUGCCUCAUUAAUACUUGCUCCUUUUUAUUUAAUUAAGACACCGCUUUGUUCUGUAUUGAACAAGGCUCCAUAAAUUUAGACAAGUUCCCAGCUAGCCAAAAUAUGUGACUGUAAUGUAACCUUAUUGCAAUAUGAUGACCAAACUUGCGUAUCUAGUCAUGUCGUGGCGACUGCUAAAGUGAAAUUUCUGGAUUUGUAUGUGUCAUGACAUGACCAUUAUAGGUUGAUUUACGAUGUUUAGAAACCAUAUCAUUGUUUUUUUAUUAACUCAAAAUAUUGAUAUUGAAUUAUUGUCCAGCCCUACGGUAUCACAUCAUUCAUCCUGGUGUCAUACGUUCAGUAUGUGAACCCCUAGGAAUGAACUUGUUUUCUACAGUGUUUGCCAUAAAAUGUGAACUGAUCCUCAUCUAGGUCACAACAAUAGACAAACACAAUGUGCAAAAGCUGAUAACACACAAAUAAUUCUAGUUUCUUGUGACUUUUUUUAAAACACCCAUUAAACAUUCACAGUGCUGGAGGAAAACGUAAGUGAACCCAUAAACUAAAAGCAUUUUAUUCCUAGGGGUUCACAUACUUUUUCUUGCCACUGUAAAUAAGCUAUAUUAUUAUUAUUAUGUAGCUGGUAUUGUUACAUUUUUUUAUUGAUAAAGAUGAAAGAUUAAAAAAGAAAUAUAUUUUUUGUAAAUGCAAGAAGGGCAUAGCAUCAUGAAAAAGAUGACGUGACUAUUGCAGUGGUUGUCACCUUGCGUGAUUAGCGCCAUAUCACAGGAUUGUGGUUACCUUGACAGCCCUAGCUCAGGUCUUGGAAUGCAGGGAGUUUCUCGUCUGCCCAACAGCACCAUAUAUGUGGUGGAGCCUGGAUACUUAGCAUUUAAGAUUCAGCCUGAGGAUCGCUGGGUACUUGAGACACAGAGAACAUACGAGAUCUUCAUUGAAGUCUUUGAUAAAUCAGGCCACAAAAUUCAUCUGUCUGAUAAUGUUUGUAUCGAAACCACAUUCCCAGCCAUGUAUUUUGAGGUUUUGGAAUCAUCUCUUAAUGGAUCCUACCACUAUGUGAAAGCCUUGAAAAGUGGUCAAACCAUCAUUGAUGGCACACUGAAAGCUGUUAUUGAUCAAGCAGGUAGCAUCCAUCUGCUCCCUGUUCCAGUCCAUAAUGAGCAGGAUGUUGAGAUCUACAACCCCAUAGUGCUCACCCCUACAAUCCUUACAUUUCCAUGGCAACCUAAAGAAGGGGCAUACCAGUAUACCAUUAAGGCAAUAGGAGGAAGUGGAAACUUCAGCUGGUCAUCCACUAACUUAGCUGUUGCCAUGGUUACAGUGAAGGGACUGAUGACAACUGUCAGAGAUGUUGGUGUCAGUGUAAUCUACGCGCAUGAUGUGAGAAAUCCACUGCACUAUGGAGACAUGAAGGUGUUUGUUAUUGAGCCGGUAGGGAUGGAGUUCAGCCCAUGUGCAGUAGAGGCUCGUGUUGGUCUCACUCUGGAUCUGCCACUGAGGAUCUUUGGUGAGCUAAAUGGAGAGAGAGUGACUCUUAGUGACUGUUCACACUUUGACAUGCAGGUGGACAUGGAAAGCCGUGGCGUAUUUCAACUGCUGGAGGGGAGGCUUGUCCCAGGUUUAAGUCACUGCAGUGGAGUUCGAGUCAAGUCUUUGACCCCUGGAUACACCAACCUACUGGUUAGUUACACCCACAGCAACGUUCACCUCAGUGCAAAGAUCACCAUUGCUGCCUACCCCCCACUCAAGUCGAUUGACCCCGUAUCUGUGGCUGUGGUGACAUUGGGCUCUUCUAAAGACAUGAUUUUUGAAGGCGGCCCUAGACCGUGGGUGCUAGAACCAUCUAAGUUCUUCAGAAACCUGACCGCUGAGGACCACAACAGUGUUACACUGUCUCUUCAAGGACCAGCCUCUCGUACCUACUCCAGACAUCUGCUCAGAGCCACUUGUCGUUCUCUGGGAGAACAGGUCUUGGCUAUGACUGUUGGCAACCAACCGACUGUAACAAAUCCUUUCCCCGCGAUGGAACCAGCCGUGGUGAAGUUUGUGUGCGCACCUCCGUCACGUCUCACGCUGAGCCCCGUCUACACGACCCCUCGACUGGAUGUUUCCUGCCCACUUCUGCAGCAGAACAAACAAGUGGUGCCAGUUUCCAAUUAUCACAAUCCAGAGCUGGACUUGGCAGCUUUUGACCACCAGGGCAGAAAGUUUGAUAACUUCAGCUCUCUGAGCAUCACCUGGGAAUCAUCUAAAGUGUCCCUGGCGAGCAUUGAGCCCACUAUGCCCAUGCAGUUACACUUACAGGAGGAUAAUAGCAAGCAGAAAAAACUUCACGGUUGCCAGACUGUCGUUGUGCAUCGUGAAUCGGGCAUCGCAGCCAUCACGGUAACAGCUGUGGACUAUCAAACAUCUCAUCUGGAGGCAGCAGCUGUUUUGAGAGGGUUUGAUCAUCUGAGCCCAGUCUCCUGUACGUUGGACCUUCUAUUAGUGGAGGAUGUGAGAGUGACUCCUAACACCAUCACCAUAUACAACCACCCAGAUGUCAUGGCUGAUCUGACACUGAAAGAAGGCUCAGGGUAUUUCUAUGUCAAUGCAAGCAUCAAGGGAAUUGCGGAUUUGCUGUUCCAAGAGUCCCAGGGAAUUGCACAGGUGGUGCCAGUACAGGCAGGGGUCUUACAAGUAAUGGUCCAUGAUCUCUGCUUGGCCUUUCCUUCUCCUGCCAUGGCUACAGUACACAUCGCUGAUAUUCUUGAAGUUGUUGUGCGUGUUGUCGACAAGGUGGAGAUUGGCAAGUCAGUCAAAGCAUAUGUUCGGGUUUUGGAUGGCAAUAGAAAGCCUUUCCACUCCAAAUAUUUCUCUGUCAUGAAUCUCCAACUGAAAGCAGCUUCAUCUAUUAUCUCAUUACAAGUUUUGUCGGAGUCCUCAGAAGAGGAUACAGCCACAUUUCUGGUCAAAGGUCUGGUGAUAGGACAGACCAGUGUGUCUGCCACAGUGAUGGAUAAAAAUGACAGAAAAAUUAUUUCUGCACUCCAGCAAAUCGAAGUCUUUCCACCUUUCAGACUGCUGCCCAGGAAAGUUACUCUAAUAGUUGGAGCUAUGAUGCAGAUAACAUCAGAGGGUGGACCACAGCCCCAGUCCAACAUCCUCUUCUCUUUGUCCCACGAGUCGAUCGCCUCUGUUAACAGUUUGGGGCAUGUCCAGGGCCUGUCGGUGGGCAACAUGACAGUAACUGGCAUUGUCCAAGCAGUCGACACUGAAACUGGCAAACUAGUGGUUGUGUCUCAGGAUCAAGUGGACGUUGAGGUUGUCCAGCUGAAAUCUAUUCGAAUCCGAGCUCCCAUCACCAGAAUGAAGACCGGAAUGCAGAUGCCAGUGUAUGUGAUGGGCUUGACCAGCUCUCAGACGCCCUUCUCUUUUGGCAAUGCCUUACCUGGACUGACCUUCCACUGGUCUGUGACUAAGAGAGACAUCCUGGACAUUCAUACACGCCACGCAGAGGCUUCAGUCCAGCUCAGCGCAGAGCAUAACUUUGCCAUGACUGUAUCUGGCAGGAGUAAAGGUCGAACAGGUCUGAGGGUGCAGCUAAAGGCCAUUGUUCCACUCUUUGGACACAUGCAGGACAAUGCACUGGAGCUCCACGAUGAGAUUCAGAUUCAGGUUUACGAUAAGCUGCAGUUGCUCAACCCAGAAGUUCAAACUGAAGAGAUACUGAUGUCACCAAACUCACUGCUGAAACUGCAGACCAACAGAGAUGGACUGGGGUCUUUGUCAUAUCGUGUGCUGGAUUGCCCAGACAGAAGUGCUGUCAUUCAGGUGGAUGAUAAAGGUCAACUGACAUCAGGUUCUAUAACAGGAACAGCAUCGCUACAGAUCAGCUCGCAAGAAACCUUUGGUGUCAAUCAAACCAUCAUCAUCGCUGUGAAGGUGGUGACUGUAUCAUAUCUGCGCGUGAGCACCAGCAGUCCAGUGUUGUACACAUCUAACAAAGAGACUUUAUCUGCCAUCCCACUGGGAGCUCUGCUGACCUUCAAUGUUCACUUUCAUGACAGCACAGGAGAGACAUUAAACAGCCAUAACUCACACCUCAUAUUCUCUACAAACAGGGAUGAUUUGGUUCAGGUUGGUAAGGGUUCGAGUAAUAACACACUAAUCGUGCGGACAGUGAAUGUGGGUUUGACUCUUUUGGGAGUCUGGGACUCUGGUCAGACUGGACUCGCCGAUUAUCUCGCUCUGCCUGUCCAACACGCCAUACAUCCAGCUGAAGCUCAGAGGCUCGUGGUGGGAGAUGUGGUGUGUUUCUCAGCUCUGUUUGUCAAUCAGGAGGGUACAUCAGGAGUUUGGAGUUCAUCCUCCAGUGCUUUGCUGGAGAUUGAGUCCAGGUCUGGAGUCGCUGUAGCCAGAGACGCAGGAACAGUUACUGUGUAUUAUGAAAUAUCCGGUCAGCUCCACACAUACAGAGAGGUUGUAAUUGAAACCCCAUUGCGAACAACUAUUACACUUCCAUCAUCUUCAGUGAAGAAAGAGAGAGGCAGUAAAGUCCUGAUGUCCACCAGAGACAGACAGAGUAACAUCAUUGGAAGUUGCUCCUCCUGGCAGUUAGAGAGCAUCUCACUUCUUCAUCCAGAGUCAUCCAUCAGCUGCCAUGCCCGCUUCACCAGCAGUGCUGUGGAUUUCUCAGCGCAUGAUGUCUACCACUUUUACUCUUCCUUUGACACCACUACAGGUUUCUACAGCUGCGUGUUGAGCUUUAAGGCCUUGAGUGAGCAGCAGGUGAAGGUGUUGAGCAUGUCUAUGACUGAUGUGGAGGUGUCUGCUUCUAUACAAGGAAAUCACUUGACUGGAGAUGAUCACAAUAGUGUUCGGCUGCCUGUCAAUCCUGGAAUAUAUGCUGAUCAGACAGAAAUCAUCCUAAGUAACCAACACACAUCUGCUGAUCUCACAGUCUAUGGCACCGCUGGAGCUCUUCAACAACUUAAUGUGAAGAGCAGUUCUCCUGCAGUCAUCAUACAGGAGAAGGAGGUCUCUAAGAGCUUCCCCAGCUAUAUCAGGUACACUGUUUGUGUGCUGAAGCCACAAGGAGCAUUGACAGCAUCGCUGUCUAUAAGCAGCUCAUCCAGUGAUCAAGUUCUGAUCAUUCCUGUAUCAGUCAUGCAUCUAACUGUCAGCAGUACCACUAUAGAAGCUCGUAUGACAGAUGAAGAGGAUGGACCCAAUAUUUUCCAGCAGUUUCUAGACUCUUAUCAAGUGAUGUUCUUCACUUUAUUUGCUCUACUGGCUUCCACAGCUGUUGUAAUCAUUGUGUGUCAUGCACUGUUUUCUCCAAGAGAUUCUGUCAGUCAUCCUGCUUUCAUUCAGAAGACUCCACCUCCUGCAGGUGUCGCUAAACUGACUGACAGCCCCUUCAACAACAGCUUGUCUUCAGACAUGAAGGGAAGCCCAAGAUUGCGCUUGUAUUCACCUGACUACAACUCCAGAUAAAGAGUAAAGUGCCUUACGAGGAACAAUAGUAGUACAUGGAUGUAUACCUAAAUGUUUGUUAAUACAAUCAUAUAUGUGGCUGAACUUAAUAUUCGUGUUGCAUAUUCUGUUGUGUGCUUAUGUUUGAGUUGCUUGAUGUGAUUUUUGUAGGUAUUGCUUUCAAAAGCUCUUUCAGUACGGCUUUGAUUUGAAGUUAUGAUGAUUUUUACAGUAUUGAAGAUGUUAAUGUGUAUGAUUGUUUUGAAUCUCAGGACAAGCUUUAUAUAAGUCUGCAGUCAACCGGGCAUACAGUAGCUUACUGUUAAUAGUGUGAACACUGAUAUAGUACCAGGUGCUAUAACGAAUGUUUAUGGGUGAAGAAACCAAUGGCCAGUCAUUUAAUUGCAUGAGCCACAUGUUGUAUAGAUCUAAAACAUUUUUUGAAGAACUUGUUCAGUGAAUUCUUUGGUUUUAUAAGUGCAGCUUCUUUCAGUUAAAAAUGUGAAUUGAAUCCUUCAGGUUAAAUGCUUUAGACAUUGUGUAAGGUUUAUCAAACUACAAGACUGACUACUAAUCUAAAUUGAGUAUUAUUUUGUCAAACUAUUAGCAGGUGUCGUUCUAGACCAGAAUUAUUUCUGUCAUUUAUGUCAGUGAAGUGUAAGUUUAAAAAUAGUUAUAUUUAAAGGGACACUCCACUUUUUAAAAAAAUAUGCGCAUUUUCCAGCUCCCGUAGACAUAAACAUUAGAUUUUUACUGUUUUGGAAUCCGUUCAGCUGAUCUCCAGGUCUGGCGGUACCACUUUUAGCAUAGCUUAGCAUAGUCCAUUUAUUUUGAUUAGACAAUUAGCAUCGCGCUAAAAAAUAACCAAAAGGUUUUGAUAUUUUUUCUAUUUAAAACUUGACUCUUCAACGGAAAAUUAAAAGUUGCCAUUUUCUAGGCUGAUAUGUCUAGGAACUGUACUCUAAAACUGGGGUAAUGAUCAAGGACUUUGCUGCCGUAACAUGCCUGCAGGAAGCGCAAUGAUAUUUCGCAGUGCCCCAAAAUAGUCCCCUGCUAUUAAAAGUUACCAAGGGGACUAUUUUCAGGUGCUGCCUAAUAUCAUUGCGCCUGCUGCAGCCAUGUUCCGUCAGUCUUAGUACACGUUGUAAGUACAGAAGAGUCAAGUUUUAAAUAGGAAAAUAUUGAAAGUCUUUGGUUAUUUAUUUUGUGCGAUGCUAAUGGCCUAAUCAGAAUCAAUGGAUUGUGCUAAGCUAUGCUAAAAGUGGUACAGCCAGACCCGAAGAUCAGCUGAAUGCAUUCCAAAACGGUAAAAAUAUAAUGUUUAACUCUUUGGGAGCUGGAAAAUUAGCAAUUUAAAAAAAGUGGUGUCCCUUUAACACUGAUACAUGUUUUACUGUGAGGUCUGAUUAUGUGAUCACUUUUGACUGAAUGAAUAGAUGCCACAGAUUUAUGAGCCUGUUUAAGUGCUUAAUCUUUUGCCAUAAUGUGACCCAUUAAACUGUAGCACUGUUUUUUUUCUUACCUUGAACAUUUUAAACUGCCUAUACAUACCACUCCACUGACAAUGUCUGUUUGCUUUUUUGUUAAUCAUAUCUUCAUCAAUAGUUUAUCUUUCAGUUGAUAAUAGUUUGUGCUUAUUGACCAACUUUCUUUACAUUGUACUUUCAGGAGAAUGUUUUUGUUUUGUCAUUUUAAAAUAAUAAAUAUGCUAUUAUUAGGAAGCA